CUGGAGUCCGCCAUUUCUGCCAUUUGUCUCCAAGUUUCACUCUCGAGCUUCGGAGUCCGGGUGGCUCUGCUGUGCAGGUUCUGAAGGUCCUUAGGGAGCAGCCUGGCUCCUGAGCACCAGGAAAUGGAACUGUUGACAUUCAGGGAUGUGGCCAUUGAUUUCACUGAAGAGGAGUGGGAAUGCCUGCAGCCUGCUCAGCAAAAAUUAUAUAGAGAUGUAAUAAUAUCUUCUGGGAACUUCUCUGCAAGAAUGAGUUUUAGGUUUGUGCUUUCAAGAAAAAGGCAUUGUUUGGUACAGGCAUGGCUUCUCAUUAUAUGCAAGAAUUUUCACAAGAACAGGGCAUAAAACAUAUAUUUCAAAAAGUAAUAAAUGGAAAAUAUGGAAAUUAUGAACUUGACUAUUCACAACAAAGAAAAAUAUGGAAAAUUGUAAGUGAGAAUGAACAUCAGAAAUUAUAUUAUCAAAAGUCAGCCCUUAUUCACCACCAUAGAAUUCAUAUUGAAGAGAAGCCCUACAAAUUUAAAGAAUGUGACAAAGCUUUUAAUGAAAAAUCUCACCUUAUUUGCCAUCGGAGAAUUCACACUGGAAAGAAGCCCUACCAAUGUAAAGAAUGCGGCAAAGCAUUCAUUAAAAAAACACACCUUAUUCACCACCAGAAAAUUCAUACUGGAGAGAAGCCCUACAAAUGUACAGAAUGUAGCAAAUCUUUCAUUAAAAAAAUGCACCUUAUUUAUCACAGCAGAAUUCAUACUGGUGAGAAACUCUACAAAUGUACAGAAUGUGACAAAGCUUUUAGUAAAAAAUCAAGACUUAUUCGCCACCAGCGAAUUCAUACUGGAGAGAAUCCCUACCAAUGCAAAGUAUGUGACAAAGCUUUUAAUCGAAAAAGUAGCCUUAUUCGCCACAGCAGAAUUCAUACUGGAGAGAAGCCCUACAAAUGUAAAGAAUGUGACAAAGCUUUUAAUGACAAAUCAAACCUUACUUACCACAGCAAAAUUCAUACUGGUGAGAAUCCCUACAAAUGUAAAGAAUGUGGCAAAGCUUUUAUUAAAAAAGCAUACCUUAUUCCCCACCUGAGGAUUCAUACUGGAGAGAAGCCCUACAAAUGUACAGAAUGUGACAAAGCUUUUAAUGAAAAAUCAAGCCUUGUUUGCCACAGCAGACUUCAUACUGGAGAGCAGCCCUACAAAUGUACAGAAUGUGACAAAGGUUUUAGCAAAAAAUCAAGCCUUGUUCGCCAUCAGAGAAGUCAUAGUGGAGAGAAGCCCUAUCAAUGCAAAGUAUGUGGCAAAGCUUUUAAUCGAAAAACUAGCCUUAUUUACCACAGCAGAAUUCAUACUGGAGAGAAGCCCUACAAAUGUGAAGAAUGUGACAAAGUUUAUAGUCAAAAAUCAGCCCUUAAUUACCACAGCAGAAUUCAUAUUGGAGAGGCUUACAAAUGCAAAGAAUGUGGCAAAACUUUUAAUCAUCCAUCAAACCUUACUAGACAUCAGAGAAUUCAUAUUGGAGACAAGAUCUACAAAUGAUAACAGUAUGCCAUUUCUUCAAGGGUGGGUCAAAAUUUAUUCCACACCAGAGUAAUUACAGCAGAGAAAAAUUAUUCAAAUGAAAAAACUGUGACAAUGUAAAAAUGUCUCUAACAGUUGGUCACCCCUUACUCAGCACCUGAGAAAACAUACUAGUAGGAGAGAGUAUGAGUGGAAAAAAUUGUUUUAAAACUCAUAGCCAUUGCUCAGACAUUAUUGAACUUUGGAGAAUUCAUAGUGCUUAGCAAUCUUAAAAAGUUAAAUAAUGUUUCCAAGCCUUUAUUUAAAUUUCAAAUUUAUUGAACAUCUGAAACCUUAUACCUGUAGUGAAGGUUAAACAGCAUUUGUCCAAAAUAUGUGUUGUAUAUAAAGGCAAAAUAUUUACAAUAAAAAAACUUUGACAAGUAUAAAAGAAGUAUAGUAAAGUCCUUAUCCAUACCUCAUAACUUGAUAUAUUUGAGAGUCAGUAAAAGAGAAAAUCAUUUAAAUAUAGAAAAUGAGCAACUGGCUUUAAUAUUUGCUUAAAAUUUAUUAAUUAUUAUUAGGAGAUAUGGAGAAAUAACAAAAUCAUUGUAAAUAUUAUACAUCCAGAAUGCAAAUAACUCAUCUUUGAAAGGAUACACAUUUCUUAUAAAUCAAAGAUUACUGAAUAUUUGCACUUUUGAAUACUGGAGAAAACAAUUAUAAGAAACAAUUAUAAGAGGCUUUACAUUCAAUUUUAAUGUUUUAAACUUUAUUUCUUGUACUGUGGGUUAAAUUUAAGGAUGCUUAACCACUGAGCCGCAUUCCCAGUCUUCCCCCCUGGCCCUUUUAAAUUUUGAGGCAGGGUCUGCUAAGUUGCCUAAAACCUCAUUAAGUUGCUAAGGCUGAUUUUGAACUUGUGAAAAUUUUUCCUCAGCUUGCCAAUGUGCUUGGGUUACAGGCAUGGGCCACCAUGCCCAGUUUACAGUGCAUUUUUACCUAUAUUCACAUUAUGUAUGCAACAUGUUAAUGAAUAUAAGUGAAUGUUAAUAUGUUAACACUGUCAUAUAUUGAAUCAUGUCAUUAUCUCAAAGAUAUCACAGUUUUCCACUUGACUAAGGGAUUUAUGUAACAGACAUACUAUUGGAUAAAUAGUACUGUAACAUCUCUUAUUUAACACACUAAUCAAACUUAUUUGGGAAAUAUAAUUUGCAUAAAUCAAAUUGUUAUAGUUUUUCUGUUUGUGUUUGUGGAGAUAUUAAGACAGUUAUAAGAAUGAUAUAGAGAGAUGAAAAUGAGCCCUAGAUCUUUAUAUUUUGAAUUACAAUGUUAAUAUCUUACCUUAUAGAAUGACAGUACUCCUAAAGGCUGGGCAUCUCUGGAAAGUCAUAAAAUCUCCCAAUCAGGUGGAUUAUGAACACCCCAGAGACUAGGAUCCUACAGUGCAUAUUUUGUUUUAAGGAGUCAUUGAAGAGAGAGAUAUUCUUAGUGCUUGCAUGGGAAAUCCUGUGGUCAACAAGAAACUGGCCUAUCAUGGCUCUUGGCAUGUUCGGUAGAGAAAAAAGACUGAGGAAGACAAGCAUUCCUCAUAAACUAAAUAAGAGUAACUCCUGACUGACCUCCAAAAAUUUAGAAAAACAGCCCAGAAUAGGACCACCUGUUUAGUCUUGGACACCCCACAAGGAAAUAUGACCAGAAAAAAAAGUUUAAAAUUAUAUAAACUUUUAAAACUCCUACAAUUUAUUUUAUUAGGUAUCUUUUGAUUUUAGAGACCUCUUUUAUUCUACUUUAUAAUAUAUAAGGGCUAUUACAGAUUGUAUGAUAGAUAGUAUAUGGCAUGCUUUCCCAGUACAUCUGCACAUCUCAGUCCUUAUAUUGUAAACUAAACCUGUCCCUUUUUAGGUCUUACAGGUACAGUAGCACAUGUCUCCACACAGAAACACACAAAAUUUGAUUCAAAUGAACACCAAAAACACACAAAAAUUAUCCUAUAUUUCCUCCAUGUGUUAGCACUGUGGGUCAACAAAACACCCACAAACUUUGAUUUCAUUUAAAUUAACUUGGAUAUAAAACAUUGCAAUCUAAUGAUAACUUUUCUGGGCAAGAGAACUGUGGAAAUAGUAAUAAUGUGUGUGUAAUUUUUUUAAUUUAUUAAUUUAUUUGUUUGUUCAAAUUUGUUAUCCGUAACAGCAGAAUGCAUUUCAGUUCUUAGUACACAAAUGGAGUACAAUUUUUCAUUCCUCUGGUUGUGUACCAAGUAGAGUCACAUCAUUCGUGUCUUUAUACAAGUAUCUGGGGUAAUGAUCUCCAUCUCAUUCCACCAUCUUUUCUACCCCCAUGCCCCCCCUUCCCCUCCUUCCCCUUUGCCCCAUUUGAACUUCCUCCAUUUCUCCCAUGCUCUCCCAUCCCCAUUAUGGAUCAGCAUACACUUAUCAGAGAAAACAUUUGGCCUGUGGUUUUUUUGAGAUUGGUUUACUUUACUUAGCAUGACAUUCUCCAUCCAUUUACCUUCAAAUGCCAUGGUUUUAUUCUCUUUUAAUGCUAAGUAAUAUUCCACUGUGUAUAUAUACCACAAUUUCUUUAUCUUCUCAUCUAUUGAAUGACAUCUGGGUUAGUCCCACAAUUUAGCUAUUGUGAAUUGUGCUGCUAUAAACAUUGAUGUGGCUACCUCCCUAUAGUAUGCUGUUUUUAAGUCUUUUGGGUAUAAACUAAGGAGUAUGCUAGCUGGGCCAAAUGGUGGUUUCAUUCCCAGUUUUCCAAAGAUUCUCCAUAUUGCUUUUCAUAUUGGUUGCACCAAUUUGCAGUCCCACCAGCAAUGUAUGAAUGUGCCUUUACCACCACUUCCUCACCAACACUAUCUGUUCUUUGUACUCUUAAUAUCUGCCAUUCUGACUGGAGUGAGAGAAAAUCUUAGAGUAGUUUUGAUUUUCAUUUCUCUAAUUGCUAGAGAUGUUGAACUUUUUAAAAUAUAUUUGUUAAUCAAUUGUAUAUCAUCUUUUGAGAAGUAUCUGUUCAGUUCUUUAGUCCAUUUAUUGAUUGGGUUAUUUGUUUUUUAGUGUUAAGAUUUUUACAUUCUUUAUAUAUCCUGGAUAUUAGUUCUCUAUCUGAUGUGCAAGUGGUAAGAAUCUGCUCUCAUUCUGUAAGAUUUCUGUUCACCUCACUGAUUGUUUUCUUUGCUAGAAGAAGAUUUUCAGUUUGAAUUCAUUCCAUUUAUUGAUUCUUGAUUUUAUUUCUAGUCCUUUAGGAGUCUUGUAAGGAAGUAGUGGCCUAAUCUGGCAUGAUAAAAGAUUUGGACCUACUUUUUCUUCUAUAAGACACAGGGUCUCUGGCCUAAUUCUAGGUCUUUGAUCCACUUUGAGUUGAGUUUUGUGCAUGGUAAGAGAUAGAGGUUUAAUUUCAUUUUGCUGCAUAUGGAUUUCCAGUUUUCCCAGCACUGAUUGUUGAAGAGGCUAUCUUUUCCCCAAUAUAUGUUUUUGGCACCUUUGUCUAGUGUGAGAUAACUGUAUUUAUGUGGAUUUGUCUCUGUGUCCUCUGUUCUGUACCAUUGAUCUACAAGUCUAUUUUGGUGUGAUUACAUGCUGUUUUUCUUACUACUGCACUGUAAUAUAGUUUAAGGAAUGGUAUUGUGAUGCCACCUGCCUCACUUCUUCACUUUUCUUGUUAAGGAUUUCUUUGACUAUUCUGGGUCUCUUAUUUUUCCAGAUGAAUUUCAUGAUUGCUUUUUCUAUUUCUAUAAGGAAUGUCAUUGGGAUUUUGAUUGGAAUUGCAUUAAGUUUGUAUAGUGCUUUUGGUGGUAUGGUCAUUUUGACAAUAUUAAUUCUGCUUGUUCAAGAACAAGGGAAAUCUUUCCAUGUUCUAAGGUCUUCUUUAAUUUUUUUUCUUUAGCAUUCUGUAAUUUUCAUUAUAAACAUCAUUUACCUCUUUCGUUAAAUUGAUUCCCAGGGUUUUGUUUGUUUGUUUGUUUUGAGGCUAUUAUAAAUGGGGUAGUUUUUCUAGUUUCUCUUUCAGUGGAUUUGUUACUGGUGUAUAAAAAUGCAUUUUUUAUGGAUCUUAAUUUUAUAUCCUGCUAUUUUGCUAAAUUCAUUUAUUAGUUCUAGACGUUUUCUGGUGGAAUUUUUCAAAUCCUGUUAGAAUCAUAUCAUUGGCAAAUAGUGAUAGUUUGCUUCUUUUCCUAUCCAUAUCCCUUUAAUUUCUUUCAUCUGACUAAUUCCUCUGGCUAGAGUUUCAAGAACUAUGUUAAAUAGAAGUGGUAGAAAAGGGCAUCCCUGCCUUGUUCCAGUUUUUAGAGGGAAUGCUUUCAAUCUUUCUCCAUUUAGAAUGAUGUUGGCCUUGGGCUUAGCAUAGAUAGCUUUUACAAUAUUGAGAUACGUUCUUAUUAUUUUAUUUUUUCUAGUGUUUUGAACGUGAAGCAGUGCUGUAUUUUGUUGAAUGCUUUUUCUGCAUCUAUUGAGAUGAUCAUACAAUUCUUGUCUUUAAGUCCAUUGAUGUCAUAAAUUACAUUUAUUGAUUUUCAUAUGUUGAAUCAAGCUUUAAUCCCAGGGAUGAACCCCACUUGACAGUGGUGUACUAUCUUUCUAAUAUGUUUUUGCUUUCAAUUUGCCAGAAUUUUAUUGAGAAUUUUUGCAUCUGUGUUCAUAAGAAAUAUUAAUCUGAAGUUUUCUUUCCUUGAUAUGUUUUUGCCUGGUUUUGGAAUUGGUGAUAUUGACCUCAUAGAAUGAGUUUGUAAGUGUUCUCUUUUUUUCUAUUUCAUGGAAUAAUUUGAGGGGUAUUAGUAUUAGUUCUUCUCUGAAGGUCUUGUAGAACUCAGCUGUGAAUCCAUCUAGUCUUGGGCUUUUCUUGGUUGGUAGGCUUUUGAUGGCAUCUUCUAUAUCACUGCUUGAAAUUGAUUUGUUUAACUUGUGUAUAAUGUCCUGAUUUAGUUUAUGUAAAUCAUAUGACUCUAGAAAUUUGUUGAUGUCUUCAAUAUUUUCUAUUUUACUGGAGUACAAAUUUUUAAAAUAAUUUCUAAUUAUCUUCUGAAUUUCUGUAGUGUCUGUCAUGAUAGUUUCUUUUGUAUCACAGGUUUUAGUAAUUUGAGUUUUCUCCUUCUAUUCAUUAGCAUGGCUGAGGGUUUAUUAAUUUUACUUAUUUUCUCAAAGAACCAACUUUUUAUUUUGUCAAUUUUUAAAAAUUGUUUCUUUUGUUUCAAUUUCAUUGAUUUCAACCCUGAUUUUAAUUAUCCCCUGUCUUUUAUUGCUUUGGGUGUUGUUUUGUUCCUUUUCUAGGGCUUUGAGGUGUAAUGUUAGGUGAUUUGUUUGUUGAUAUUUUUCUUCUUUUAAGGAAUAAACUUCAUGCAAUGAACUUUCCUCUUACUACUGCCUUCAUAGUGUCCCAAAGAUUUUGAUGUGUUAUAUCAUUGUUCUCAUUUACCUCUAGGAAUUUUUUAAUCUUCUCUUUGAUGUCUUCUGCAACCCAUUCUUCAUUUAAUUACAUAUUAUUUAGUCUCCAGGUGUUGGAGUAGCUUCUAUUGUUUGUUUUGUUGAUUUGUAAUUUCAUUACAUUAUGAUCUGAUAGAAUGCUGGGUACUAUCCCUAUGUUUUUGUAUUUGCUAAGAGUUGCUUUGUGGCAUAAUAUGUGGUCUGUUUUUGAGAAGGAUCUAUGUGCUAUUGAAAAGCAAGUAUAUUUACUCAUUUAUGGAUAAAAUAUUCUAUAUAUUUGUUAUGUCUAAGUUAUUAGUUGUAUUAUUGAGUUCUAUACUUUUUUUGUUUAGCUUUUGUCUUGAAGACCUAUCCAGUGGUGAAAGAGGUGUGUUAAAGUCACCCAGUAUUGUUGUGUUGUGGUCUGUUUGACUCUUGAAAUUGAGAAGAGUUUGUUUGAUGAAUGUAGAUGCUCCAUUGUUUGGGGCAUAUAUAUUUAUAAUUGUUAUGUCUUUUUGAUGUAUGGUUUCUUUAAGCAGUAUGAAAUGACCUUCUUUAUCCCUUUUGGGUAACUUUGGCUUGACAUCUACUUUAUUUGAUAUGAGGAUGGAAACCCCUGCUUGCUUAUACAGUCCAUGUGAGUGGUAUGUUUUGUCCCAACCUUUCAUCUUCAGUCUGGAUUUCUUUUCUUAUGAGAUGAGUCUCUUGAAGACAGCAUAUUGUUGGGUCUUUUUUUUAAAAAAAUCCAAUCUGCCAGUAUAUGUCUCUUGAUUGAUGAGUUUAGGCCAUUAACAUUCAGGGUUUUUAUUGAGACCUAGUUUGUGUUCCUGGUCAUUUUUGUAUUUUAACUUAACUUGAUUUCUCAUUUGAUUGAUUUUUUUUUCUUUAGUGUAAUACCUCCCUUUGUUGAUUUUCUUUGUUUUUAUUUCCUCCUCGUGAAAUAUUUUGCCACAGAUGUUCUGUAGUGCAGGCUCUCUAGUUGUAAAUUUUUUUAACUUUUGUAUAUCAUGGAAUGUUUUUAUUUAAUCAUCAAAUCUAAAGCUUAAUUUUAUUGGAUAUAAGAUUCUUCAUUGGCAUCCAUUUUCUUUCAGAGCUUGGUAUAUGUUGUUUCAGGAUCUUCUAGCUUUCGGGGUCUGGCUUGAAAACUCUGCAAAGAUUAUAAUUGGUUUUCCCCUAUAUGUAAUCUGAUUCCUUUGUCUUGCGACUUUUAAAAUUUUCUCCUUAUUCUGUAUGCUGGGCAUUUUCAUUAUAAUGUGACUUUAUGUAAAUCUGUUGUGAUUUUGUACAUUUGGUGUUCUUUAAGUUUCUUGUAUUUGAUUUUCCAAUUUAUUCAUCAUGUUUGGAAAAUUUUUUAGUCAGAAAUUUUUCAUUGAAUAGAUUGUUAUUUCAUUGAAUAGAUUGUUUUUGGUCUGUAAGUCUAUGCCUUUCUCUAUUCCAAUAAUUUCAAAUUUGGUCUUUUAUGAUAUCCCAUAAUUCUUGAAUGUUCUGCUUAUGUUUUUUUGCCAUUUUCACUGUGUGGUUGAGUUUAUUUUAAGGAUUAUAUAGUUUGUCUUCAUUGUCUGAAGUUCUGUCUUCUGACUGAUUUAAUCUGUUGGUGAUGCUUUCUAUUGAGUUUUUAAUUUGGUUUAUGUUUUCUUCACUUCAAGGAUUUCUGUUUGUUUUGUGGUUUGUUUUUUUUUUUUUUCCAGAAUCUCUAUCGCCAUAUAAAUGUAAUGCCUUGCUUCUGUAUUGCUUAUGUAGCUCUUUAUCAAAAUGAUCUUUUAUGCCUGUAUUUGCACUCUUAUAUCAUUCUUUAAGUCAAGGAACAUUUUAAUCACAUGCACCCUGAACUCCUUCUCUGACAUUUCUUCUUCUGUGCUGGCCGUUGAUUCUAAUAAUGUAGUAUCUUGGUUUGUUUGGGGUACUUUCUUCCUUUUUUUUCCCAUGUUGGUCUUGUGUCUUCCCUUCUAGUACUGUGGAUCUGAGGUGUUAAAGCCUUUACCCUAUAGGUUUAUACUGUAUCUGUAGGGUUUCAGUACUUGUCCUUUAAGGGGCAGAUCAAUAUUAACAGAUCCCAAUUCAAACAAUACACAGCCUUAAACCAAAUAGCUCCUAUUAAGACAUUUAUGUUUUUGUUACAAUAUACAGAAAUGGUGAGUUCACUUAUUAUCUACAAUAUAAACAGUAGGUUUGCAAAAGGGUCUAUAGGUUUUUUUAAAUUUUUUUUUUAUUUUUUUAAGUUGUAGAUAGACACAAUAUCUUUAUUUAUUUAUUUAUUUAUUUAUUAUGUGGUGCUUAGGAUCAAACCCAGUGCCUCACAUGUUCAAGGCAAACACUCUACCACUGAGCUACAACCCCAGCCCAAGGGUCUACAGUUUCUGAUGGUGGACAAAGAGAGAACUGGGGGUGGGGUGUAGGAUAAGACGGUAAGAUAGUGGGAGGUAAAGAUACAGAGGUACUAGAUUUUAGGAAGCAUGAAAGAGGAAUUGAAAGAAGUUGGCUGUUAGCAGGAGAAAAGAGAGAAAGUGAUUUGGGGAAGACAGGUAAGUGGGAAGACAAUAGAAAGAGUACCAAAAAAAAACCAAACAAACAAACAAAAAUUAAGAAAUAUAAAAAUAAGAUAUAAAAGAAUAUACAACACAACUGUAAUAUACUAUUCUUACAUCACAGUCCUCAGUAACCUAAUCCAUGAAAAGUAUUUGGGCAAAAAAAGAGAGAGAGGAAAGAAAAAAAGAAGGAAAAUCCUGAAGAAAAAAAAAAAGAUUUUUUUUUUCUGUUGGAGUUUCGUAUCUUUCCUGCUUCCCUUCAUAUCCAGUGAGAGGGGUUGUCUGCUGGUUGCUGGUAUCUUCACCCUCAGGGUGGUGAAGGUUGUCAGGGAGGGAGGGUUGGUCUUGGAGGUGGGGUAUAGCCCUUUCCAGUCCUUGUUGGAAAAUUGCACCCCAAAGGUAUCCUUUGGGUCCUGCACCUGGUCUUUUCUUCUUAUCUUGCCUAUAGAUCUCACAAUUCCUGAUCUCUACUUUAGCCUUUAAACUGUAUCUCAAUCACCCCCUCCCUUUCUACUUCUCAAUCAGGAACCUCUCUCUGGAGUUUUUGUGAGCUGCACUCUGGGGCAUGUGCACCUUUCUCAGAGGUGUUUUGAAUCAGGCAGGUCAGGACUAGUCUUUGCAAGCUAUAUACUGGCCACAUAGCUGCAAGUGCUGUGCCAGGUUAGUGGCUAAAGGGGAGAAGGGGGAGUUGGAGUACUAUAAAUACUUGAUAUUGCUUUUAGGCUCCAGCCAGUUUCCCAAGCUGAGAGUUGCCCCAACUAAAGAUGGCAACAAAAGUGUCCCAAGCUGGAGGUGUCUGCUUUCAGAGUUGGGGUGUUGGGUCGAGUUGGGCUGAGUAGUGGCAUUGGGUGGCAUGUUAGAAGUCGUAGCUCUGUGGCAUGCAGUGUUGUGGUUGGCAGGUUUCUCCAAAUGCUCUUCCGUGUCCCCAGAUGCAGGUGACUAUGGCAGUGAUUGAAGUGUCCCAAGAUGGAAAUGACCAAAUAGCCCUAUGGUGGUAGAAGGGGGUCCACGUGGGAGCAGUGGCCAGAGGUCCUUUGUACAAGUGGUGAUUGGGGGUCCCAUGCAGGAAUAGGAGCCAGGGGUCCUGGGCUGACCCAGAGGCCAGGAUUCCUGUGUGGGAGCAGCUGUUGGGGUUCCUCUGAUAACUCACAGAGAAAUGUUAUUCCCACUGCUUGAAUCCCAGGUCAUGGAGUGACAAAGAAUGCAGCCUCCCUCUAGAUUCUCUCUGUGAGUAAUUCUUUAAUGUUACUUUUAUCUAUGUGGUCAUCACAGCCAUUCUCCUUCAUUCCAAUGUGUAUGGCUCCAGCUCUCAUGCUUAUCUCCACUCCAUGUCAUCUCACAUGGGAAACUUUUUUCGAUUUACAUGUAAGAAUUUUAACUAUUUAUGAGGUUCAGAAGGAAGUUUCAAUAAUAAAGUGUUAAGAUAAAUAUUAAAGAUCUUCCCUGUCCAUGUGCCUGUGUUACCUUUGUAAAUCCUUGAUGGUAUAUCUAAUGAAUGCCUCUCUCUACUCUGGUUUUGUGUCUGUCCAUAUGUUUUUUUUCUUUUCCCCAUGCUUCCAACAUCAUGCCACACACCAUACUGUAUUAUAUCAAACUGGGUACAUGCUGGGUUCAGAAUUGGCUAGAGAUGCCACAAAUGCUUGUGAAUGAGAGAACACUGCAGAAUUUACCUUUGCUGAUGACAUAUUUCUAGGAAAUAGGAAACAGAUAAGUUGCUAGUAGAAAAUUUGAGGUCAUUUUCAGUAAGAGGUCACUUACGAGGAACAAAUUAAGGACUGAGGGGCUGCUCAGGGUGGAAGCCCAUGUGCCAGGCCUUCUGUGCCAUGGUAUGAGUAUAUGGCUGCCCCACGCAAAUCUUCAGAGAAUGCCAAAUUAGCUAAGAGGAGUGGAAGAGAUAGAAUUAACAGCAAACUAUGCUUCUUUGGGAAUCUUUUGCAUGAAUUCUGUGUUCACCAGUAUGUUUUUUGUGAAACUGAUGUUCUAGGUUAAGGCUGUGUGUAUUUAAACUUGUCAGAUAUUGCCUAAUUGUAGUCCAGUGAGGAAAUACAUUUCACUUUGCUGUCACUAAAAUGGACACUAUUUAUCUUCACCAAUCACAUAGGCAAAAAAAAUGACAUUGAUUACUAAAUUUUUAUCCAUUUUUGUGGGGAGGGAGCUACCAGUUCUCAGGGAGAAAGAAAGAGAGAGAGAAACUUAAUCUUAUUUUCUAGUGAUCAACAACAGUCCCACAUCCGUAUCAGCUCUUUUCUGUUUGUUUACAACCUGGAUCCUUAUUCAGGACAAAUAUGUUCUUACCUUUAUGUCUACCCACCCAUGGAGCUUUCUCAUUGUUUACAUGGUGGUACAUCUGUGUGGAUUUACCACACCUAAUCACUGCAGGGACCCUGAUAAGACUGCCUUCUGACUUCUUAUAUGCACAGUUAUGUAUCUCCUGGUAGUUAUCCUGGAGGCAACAUGUCAUUUUAUGGUCUAGACAUGAAAUGGAAUAUUUUUGACCCUAAUGAGAAAUGAAGUUCUGAUACAUGCUCAAACAAGUUGAUUCUUGAAAACAUUAUGCUAAGCAAAAGAAGCACAGGCCAAAAAACAAACACGGUCUCUUCAAAUUGAAUGAGAUUUUAGGAGUGGAUAAAUUUACAUAUAAAGAAAAUAGAAUGCUGGUUAUCAAAAACAGGGGGAAGAAAAAGAUUGGAAGUUAGUGUUAGAAACUAAACCUUACUGUAUGAUUUUAGUUUGGGGUGAUAAGCUUCUGGAGAUGGGGAGUGAUAAUGAUUUUCCAAACCAUGGAUUUACUUAAUGUUAUUUAGUUGUGUAAUUCAAUAACAUGAGAUGGGAAGGCCAUCCUGGAUGGCAUGGUGUAAUUGACAAAAUCCAAGUAAUCCCAUGGAUCUUUAAAAUGGAAGAGGAGAUAAAGAAGUCUCGUGAUGGAUCAGGCACUCUGCCAGCUGUUGCUAGUUUUGAAGGUGCAGGAAGCAUCCACUAGCCAAGAAGUGGGUGGCUUCUAGAGCCAGAAAAAGCAAGGAAGCAGGAAGUGCCCAAGGUCCUCCAUUGGGUGAUACAAUGAUUGUAUCAAUGUAAACAAGUGAUUGUGUCCCCCAGUGAUUCUAGGCCAGUGGGACCCCUGGUGGAUUCCUAACCUACAGCUCUAACAUAAUGAGAUGUGUUCUCAGCCGUGAUGUUUGUGGAAAGUCGUUGCCACAGCGAUGGAAAAUCAGCACUAGUGCUACUUUCUCUGACUUCAGCAGUGAGGAGCUCUGGGGGACACGAUGAACUCUGUAAACCCUGAAGGUCUUAGGUCUUAGGUCAGCAGAUCGAGAGACACUGUUAUAUAUUUUAAGUGCUACAAUAGGUACUUGUGCUCUAUUUUCUUUUCUGUCCCCUUUUAUGGACUUUCACUCUAUUUUCCUCACAGGAUUCCUCCAUGGAUUUUAUUUGAAUUAGAGAAAAUUGGAAGACAAUGGUAGUCAUAUAGACUGAGGUUUCCCUCUUUUCUUUUUUACAGAAUAAGUUCUGUUUCUGCCACACAAAGGGAAAGAAUAGACUUAUAAAAAAUCACAUACUAUAGAAUCUGCCUCAAGGAUAUUUUGCUGUCACCUUUUAAAACAUUAUUAAUUCAAACAGUUAUUUUUCUACAACCAUAAAAGGGGAAAUACAAUAGCUUUAAAAGGUUUUCUCCAAAAGUAGCUGGGGACUGUAUUCACCAGUUUUCAGACUUACAAGAGGUGAUAUGUUGUUGUCAUCGUAAAGUUGCUACUUAGUAAACUGACUCGAGGUGUCCUGUGAUCACUGAUUACUUUAUCAAGGCCACCAGCCCUUGAAGCACAGAGAUAAAGGAAGAAGAUUUUCAGGCUGCUGCAAUAAACUGAGGGCCAGAGGUUCUUACCAUUGGCUGAUUUGUCUUUAAAUUCAGUAAUUGGUCUGGGGAGUUUUCAACCAUUCAGCUAAUUCUACCAACAAAUUCCUCUGUAUUUCAAAGCCAAAAUCACUCAUGCAAAUCCUUAAAACACCCAAGUGUAAAGCACAGGUUGACUUCACAUCUCCCCACAGGAGUGGCCAUGUCUCUACAAGGGAGGUCUAUUGAAGGGUCUUUGGUUGUUGCUGCUGGUAAUGGUGGUGGCUUUGUUGAUAAUGUAUACAGUUUUUGUUCUGUCAUUGUUUGUAUUUAUUCUGAACUAUUUCUAGGAAAUAACUGUAGACCAAUUGCCUUAUUUUAAUUCUGGAAGGUGAAAGAACACAAGAAUUUCCUGAAGGAUUAUUUUAAGAUUUUUAUUUCAAAAUUUGUGGAAUGAUAUUUUUAAUUAAGGUUUUUAAAUAAAUUUAUUUUUGUGACUCAA